CCGCUCCGUCCGCGCUCGUUCCCCUCCGUCGCCCCCCGGCCCCGCCAUGGCCUCCGCGGCCGCCCCCGGGCAGGGCGGCUCCGCGCAGCCCCUCACCGUCCAGCGCGGCAUCGUCAAGAUGGUGCUGUCGGGCUGUGCCAUCAUCGUCCGAGGACAGCCCCGAGGAGGGCCCCCCCCCGAGCGCCAGAUCAACCUCAGCAACAUCCGCGCCGGCACCCUCGCCCGCCGUGCCGCCGCCGGCCAGCCGGAUGCCAAGGACACCCCGGAUGAGCCCUGGGGCUUCCCAGCUCGUGAGUUCCUGCGGAAGAAGCUGAUUGGGAAGGAGGUCUGCUUCACCGUGGAGUACAAGACCCCGCAGGGCCGGGAGUACGGGAUGGUCUACCUGGGGAAAGACACCAGUGGUGAGAACAUCGCCGAGUCCCUGGUGGCCGAAGGGCUGGCCUCCCGCCGGGAAGGGAUCCGAGCCAACAACCCCGAGCAGAGCAGACUGGCCGAGCUGGAGGAACAAGCCAAGAGUGCCAAGAAGGGGAUGUGGAGCGAGGGGACGGGCUCCCACACCAUCCGGGACCUCAAGUACACCAUCGAGAACCCCCGCCACUUCGUGGACUCCAUGCACCAGAAGCCAGUCAAUGCCAUCAUAGAGCACGUCCGGGACGGCAGCGUGGUGAGAGCCCUCCUCCUCCCCGAUUACUACCUGGUCACUGUCAUGCUCUCGGGCAUCAAGUGCCCCACGUUCAAGCGGGAGGCGGACGCCACCGAAGUCCCCGAGCCCUUUGCGGCCGAAGCCAAGUUCUUCACAGAGUCGCGGCUGCUGCAGAGGGAUGUGCAGAUCGUCCUGGAGAGCUGCCACAACCAGAACAUCCUGGGCACCAUCCUGCACCCGAACGGGAACAUCACCGAGCUCCUGCUGAAGGAGGGCUUUGCCCGCUGCGUGGACUGGUCCAUCGCCGUCUACACCCGCGGGGCCGACAAGCUGCGGGCGGCCGAGAGGUUCGCCAAGGAGCGCAAGCUGAGGAUCUGGAGGGAUUACGUGGCCCCCACGGCCAACCUGGAUCAGAAGGACAAGCAGUUUGUAGCCAAGGUGAUGCAGGUGCUGAACGCCGACGCCAUCGUGGUGAAGCUCAACUCCGGGGACCACAAAACCAUUCACCUCUCCAGCAUCCGACCCCCCCGGCUGGAAGGGGACAGCACCCAGGACAAGAACAGGAAGCUGAGGCCCCUCUACGACAUUCCCUACAUGUUUGAAGCCCGGGAGUUCCUGCGCAAGAAGCUCAUCGGGAAGAAGGUGAACGUGACGGUGGACUACAUCCGACCGGCCAGCAGUGCCACCGAGACCGUGCCCGCCUUCUCCGAGCGGACCUGUGCCACCGUCUCCAUCGGAGGAAUCAACAUCGCCGAAGCGCUGGUGAGCAAGGGCCUGGCCACCGUCAUCCGCUACCGGCAAGACGACGACCAAAGAUCCUCGCACUACGACGAGCUCUUGGCUGCAGAGGCUCGGGCCAUCAAGAAUGGCAAAGGGCUGCACAGCAAGAAGGAGGUGCCCAUUCACCGGGUGGCCGACAUCUCCGGGGACACCCAGAAGGCGAAGCAGUUCCUGCCCUUCCUGCAGCGCGCCGGCCGCUCCGAGGCCGUGGUGGAAUAUGUCUUCAGCGGCUCCCGGCUGAAGCUCUUCAUGCCAAAGGAAACCUGCCUCAUCACCUUCCUGCUGGCAGGCAUCGAGUGUCCCCGGGGAGCACGGAACCUGCCGGGGCUGGUGCAGGAGGGAGAGCCCUUCAGCGAGGAGGCCACGCUCUUCACCAAGGAGCUGGUGCUGCAGCGGGAGGUGGAGGUGGAGGUGGAGAGCAUGGACAAGGCGGGGAACUUCAUCGGGUGGUUGCACAUCGAGGGCCUCAACCUGUCGGUGGCCCUGGUGGAACACGCCCUCUCCAAGGUCCACUUCACCGCCGAGCGCAGCCCCUACUACAAGGCCCUCCUGGCCGCCGAGGAGGCCGCCAAGCAGAAGAAGGAGAAGGUGUGGUCCCACUACGAGGAGACCCCGGUGGAGGAGGUGGUGCAGGUGCUGGAGGAGAAGGAGCGCACGGCCAACUACAAGCCCGUCUUCGUGACGGAGAUCACGGACGAUCUCCACUUCUACGUGCAGGACGUGGAGACGGGUGCCCAGCUGGAGAAGCUGAUGGAGAACAUGCGCACCGAGGUGGGCAACCACCCGCCCGUGGAGGGCUCCUACGCCCCGCGCCGCGGAGACUUCUGCAUCGCCAAGUUCGUCGAUGGAGAAUGGUACCGGGCCCGGGUGGAGAAGGUGGAGUCACCUGCCAAAGUUCAUAUCUUCUACAUUGACUACGGCAACAAGGAGACCCUGCCUUCCACCCGCUUGGCCGCUCUGCCCCCGGCCUUCAGCACCCGCGUCCUGCCGGCACAAGCCACCGAGUACAAGUUUGCCUUCAUCCAGGUGCCCCAGGACGAGGAGGCGCGGGCGGACGCGGUGGACAGCGUGGUGAGGGACAUCCAGAACACCCAGUGCCUGCUCAACGUGGAGCAUCUGGGACCCGGUUGUCCCCACGUCACCCUCCAGUUCGCCGACUCCAAGAGCGACGUGGGGCUGGGGCUGGUCAAGGAGGGGCUGGUCAUGGUGGAGGUGCGCAAGGAGAAGCAGUUCCAGAAGGUGGUAAGUGCUGGUGGGGGGAAGGUCCUUGCCCCACUUGCUGUGGGGUGGCCAAGAGGUGAUGGACCCCCCAACUCAUCUGAUGCCGUAUUGAUCCUGGCUUGGUGGCUGCUUGGGGACAGGGUGGGGGUAGUGACCCCCCUUAAGCACUGGCCACCCCCUACUUGGACACCUCAUUUUGUGUUGGGAGGGUCAUCAGGGAGGGGGGUGGUCCCACCUCCUUGACCUCCAUGGGGUCCC